CAAGUCACAUCCUCCUCCGCCACUCAUCCCCAUCAUCCAAAAUAAAAGCCCGAUCAGAUGCGCAUUGCGCACCCAAUACGCUUUAUCGUCAUUCCUCAGCUCCAUCGAUCUCUCUCCUCAUCUUCUCAACUCUCCUCUUUCAACUUUCCUUCAACUGUUCAUCUUCUCUCUCGUCUCUCUCUUCUAAACCUAGCUUCCUCCAUGGCCGGAGCUGUGGAGAACUUUUCUUCCGAUGCAUCCGUUGCCGCCGCCGACGUUGAUGUCAAGUUUGGGUUCCAGCGGCCUGAGAUGUACCAGAGCAACCUCGUUGGCACUGUCGAUCCCUACGACCGCCACUUGUUCCUCUGCUACAAGAGUUGCGACUCUUGGCCUUCUCGCGUUGAGGACUCCGAGUCUGAUGCGCUUCCCAAGCUUCUUUCUGGAGCUCUCAAAGCUCGUAAGAACGAUAUCAAUGUCAAGACUCGUUUGACCGUAUGCGAGGGACGCGAGGGGACUGAGUUUUCGGAUGGUGAUGUUUUGAUUUUCCCUGAAAUGAUCAAAUACAGGGGUUUGAAUGGCUCGGAUGUGGAUAGUUUUGUUGAUGAUGUACUCGUGAAUGGAAAACCAUGGGCUUCUGGAGUGCAAGAGGUGUUGGCUGGUUCUCAUGUAUUUGUUUGUGCUCAUGCUAGUAGAGACCAAAGGUGUGGUGUUUGUGGGCCAGUUCUCAUUGAGAAGUUCAAAGAAGAGAUUGAACAGAGGGCAUUGCAGGAUCACGUGUUUGUGAGUGCUUGCUCUCAUGUUGGGGGUCACAAAUAUGCUGGGAACUUGAUAAUUUUCAGUGCAGAUGCAGAGGGCAAAAUUGCUGGUCACUGGUAUGGUUAUGUUACCCCAAAUGAUGUGGCUGAAUUGCUGGACCAACAUAUUGGAAAGGGAGAGAUCAUUGAUCGUCUUUGGAGGGGCCAAAUGGGUGCAUCUGUUGAACAGGCUGAGAAAGCGGAUGGACGGAAGAUUCCAAAUGGAAAGGAUCUGGAAAAAAGCGAGAAGCCCAAUGGAGAUAGCAUUCAAUACAAGAAGGAAGAUGUGUCAGUGGAAAGCUGUUGUCAGGGUACUAAUGGGAAUUCAUGCUGCCAAAAUGGAGGUUUGGAGGUGAAAGAAACCACCAAAGAACAAGGAAACAAAGGGUCGGGCAAACUCUCAUGCUGGAUGGGAAAUUGGGAGCAAAAUGAUGUGCUUGCAGCAGUUGCUGUGGUUGGAGCAGUGGCAACUAUUGCGGUGGCAUAUAGCUUUUAUAGAAGGUCAGGGUGAAAGAUGCUCUAUGAUCUGUUAUAUUUUGUUUGCAUAUGGCGUAUGUACCCUCGUUUUUAUAUGAGAGGUGAAAUGAAAUUUUAAAUAAUCAUCUGCACCAUGCAGUUCUUUAGAAGGAAAAUGAUAGCUAUACCUUCAUCGUGUUAACACUCUCAGGAGGAAUUACCAAUAUGAGCAAAUUUAAAGUCUAACCAUCUUGCUGCC